GGAGUCGACAAUAACAAACCGAGCCGCGGCAGUGUCCGCGGCCCUGCCGAGCCCUCGGCGCUGCCUCGGGGUCCCCAAGUCGCCUGGGCCCCUCGGCUCUGACCGGCCGCGGCCCCCUGUCCACCGGCCCCAGACCCAGAGCCGAGGGGCCUGACUGCGCCCGUCUCCGCCCCGACCUCUCCCUCCCGCCUGGAGUUCGCGGCCGCGGCGGGCGGGCGGGCGAGCAGGCGUCUGAGACGCCGGCGGUUGUGUCGGUUGGCUGUGCCGAAUGGGCGGUUGGUAGCCGCCGCCGAGGACUAGGCGGCGGCGGAAGAUGGUGCCGGGGGUCGCGGGCUCUUCUGCUGCCGCCGGCGAAGGAGGAGACGCUGCCGGUUCUCUGAGUUUAACCAGUAAUGCCAUUCAGUUGCCAAUUUCAAGCAAAGGAAACAUAAGCCAGUUUUAAUCUGCUUCUUAAGAAAAGUGGUGGUUCUAUUCACAGUGCCUGACGUAACCAUAUCAAGAGGGUGAGGUGUGAGCUCACAGAAUCCAGAGAAAUCAUCAUGAAGUUGUAUGUAUUUCUGGUUAACACUGGAACAACUCUAACAUUUGACACCGAACUUACAGUGCAAACUGUGGCAGACCUUAAGCAUGCCAUUCAAAGCAAAUAUAAGAUUGCUAUUCAGCACCAGGUGCUGGUGGUCAAUGGAGGAGAAUGCAUGGCUGCAGAUAGAAGAGUGUGUACCUACAGUGCUGGGACGGACACAAAUCCAAUUUUUCUUUUUAACAAAGAAAUGAUCUUAUGUGAUCGUCCACCUGCUAUUCCUAAAACUACCUUUUCGACAGAAAAUGACAUGGAAAUAAAAGUUGAAGAAUCUCUUAUGAUGCCUGCAGUUUUUCACACUGUUGCUUCCAGGACACAACUUGCAGUGGAAAUGUAUGAAGUUGCCAAGAAACUUUGUUCUUUUUGUGAAGGUCUUGUCCAUGAUGAACAUCUUCAGCACCAAGGCUGGGCUGCAAUCAUGGCCAAUCUGGAGGACUGUUCAAAUUCAUCCCAGAAGCUACUUUUCAAGUUUGAAAGUAUUUAUUCAAAUUAUCUGCAAUCCAUAGAAGACAUCAAGUUAAAACUUACUCAUUUAGGAACUGCGGUUUCAGUAAUGGCCAAGAUUCCACUGUUGGAGUGCCUAACCAGACAUAGUUACAGGGAAUGUUUGGGAAGACUGGAUUCUUUACCUGAACAUGAAGACUCAGAAAAAGCUGAGAUGAAAAGAUCCACUGAACUGGUGCUCUCUCCUGAUAUGCCUAGAACAACUAACAAAUCCUUGUUAACCUCAUUUCACAAGUCAAUGGAACAUGUAGCCCCAGAUACCACAGAUGCCGAAAGUGGCAAAGAUAUUAGGGAAUCUUGUCAAAGUACUGUUCAGCAGGAUGAAACGUCGAUAGAUGCUAAAGAUGGUGAUCUGCCUUUUUUUAAUGUUUCUUUGUUAGACUGGAUAAAUGUUCAGGAUAGACCUAAUGAUGUGGAAUCUUUGGUCAGGAAGUGCUUUGAUUCUAUGAGCAGGCUUGAUCCAAAGAUUAUUCGACCAUUUCUAGCAGAAUGCCGUCAAACUAUUGCCAAACUUGAUAAUCAAAAUAUGAAGGCCAUUAAAGGGCUUGAAGAUCGGCUGUACGCCCUAGACCAGAUGAUCGCCAGCUGCGGCCGGCUGGUGAAUGAACAGAAGGAGCUCGCUCAGGGAUUUUUAGCUAAUCAGAUGAGAGCUGAAAACUUGAAGGAUGCAUCUGUAUUACCUGAUUUGUGCCUGAGUCAUGCAAAUCAGUUGAUGAUUAUGUUGCAAAAUCAUAGAAAACUGUUAGAUAUUAAACAGAAGUGUACCACUGCCAAACAGGAACUAGCAAAUAACCUACAUGUCAGGCUGAAGUGGUGUUGCUUCGUAAUGCUUCAUGCUGAUCAAGAUGGAGAGAAAUUACAAGCUUUGCUCCGCCUCGUAAUAGAGCUAUUAGAAAGAGUAAAAAUUGUUGAAGCUCUUAGUACAGUUCCUCAGAUGUACUGCUUAGCUGUUGUUGAGGUUGUAAGGAGAAAAAUGUUCAUAAAACACUACAGGGAGUGGGCUGGUGCUUUAGUCAAAGAUGGAAAGCGAUUAUAUGAAGCAGAAAAAUCAAAAAGGGAAUCCUUUGGGAAGUUAUUUAGGAAGUCUUUUUUAAGAAAUCGUCUGUUUAGGGGACUGGACUCCUGGCCCCCUUCCUUUUGUACUCAGAAGCCUCGAAAGUUUGACUGUGAACUUCCAGAUAUUUCAUUAAAAGAUUUACAGUUUCUGCAAUCAUUUUGUCCUUCGGAAGUUCAGCCAUUCCUCAGGGUUCCCUUACUUUGUGACUUUGAACCUCUGCACCAGCAUGUACUUGCUCUACAUAAUUUGGUAAAAGCAGCACAAAGUUUGGAUGAAAUGUCUCAGACCAUUACAGAUCUACUGAGUGAACAAAAGGCAUCUGUGAGUCAGGCAUCACCCCAGUCGGCCUCUUCACCAAGGAUAGAAAGUGCAAUGGGAAUUACAACUACUACCUCACCGAGAACUCCUCCUCCACUCACCGUUCAGGAUCCCUUAUGUCCUGCAGUAUGUCCCUUAGAAGAAUUAUCUCCAGAUAGCAUUGAUGCACAUACAUUUGAUUUUGAAACUAUUCCCCAUCCAAACAUAGAACAAACUAUUCACCAAGUUUCUUUAGACUUGGAUUCAUUAGCAGAAAGUCCUGAAUCAGAUUUUAUGUCUGCUGUGAAUGAGUUUGUAAUAGAAGAAAAUUUAUCAUCUCCUAAUCCUAUAAGUGAUCCACAAAGUCCAGAAAUGAUGGUAGAAUCACUUUAUUCGUCAGUUAUCAAUGCGAUAGACAGUAGACGUAUGCAGGAUACAAAUAUAUGUGGUAAAGAGGAGUUUGGAGAUCAUGCUUCUCUGAAUAUCCAAUUGGAAAAAUGUAGAGUUGUGGCCCAAGACUCUCACUUCAGUAUACAAAGCAUCAAGGAAGACCUUUGCCACUUCAGAACAUUUGUACAAAAAGAACAGUGUGAUUUCUCCAAUUCUUUAAAAUGUAUAGCAGUAGAAAUAAGAAACAUUAUUGAAAAAGUAAAAUGUUCUCUGGAAAUAACACUAAAAGAAAAGCAUCAAAAAGAACUACAGUCUUUAAAAAAUGAAUAUGAAGGUAAACUAGAUGCACUAACAAAGGAGAGUGAAGAAAAUGAGAACAAAAUUAAAAAAUUGAAAGGAGAUUUAGUAUGCCUUGAGGAAGUUUUACAAAAUAAAGAUAAUGAAUUUGCUUUGGUUAAACAUGAAAAAGAAGCUGUCAUCUGCCUGCAGAAUGAAAAGGAUCAGAAGUUGUUAGAGAUGGAAAAUAUAAUGCAUACUCAGAAUUGUGAAAUUAAAGAACUGAAACAGUCACGAGAGAUAGUGUUAGAAGACUUAAAAAAGCUCCAUGUUGAAAAUGAUGAGAAGUUACAGUUAUUGCGGGUAGAACUUCAGUCCUUAGAGCAAAGUCAUCUAAAGGAAUUAGAGGACACACUGCACAUUAGGCACACACAGGAGUUUGAGAAAGUUAAGACAGAUCACAAAGUUUCUUUGGAGGAAUUAAAAAAGGAAAAUCAAGAAAAAAUUAAUCAAAUACAAGAGUCUCAUGCCACAGUUAUCCAAGAAAAAGAAGAACAGCUACAGGAAUUAAAACUUAAAGUUUCUGAUUUGUCAGACUUAAGAUGCAAGCUAGAGGUGGAACUUGCAUUGAAGGAAGCAGAAACUGAUGAAAUAAAGCUUUUGCUGGAAGAAAGCAGAGCCCAGCAGAAGGAGACCUUAAAAUCUCUUCUUGAACAAGAGACUGAGAAGUUGAGAACAGAAAUAAGUAAACUCAACCAAAAGAUUCAGGAUAAUAAUGAAAACUAUCAGGUGGGCUUAGCAGAGCUCAGAACUUUAAUGACAAUUGAAAAAGAUCAGUGCAUUUCAGAGUUAAUUAGUAGACAUGAAGAAGAAUCUAAUGUACUUAAAGCUGAAUUAAAUAAAGUAACAUCUUUGCAUCACCAAGCAUUUGAAAUAGAAAAAAGCCUGAAAGAACAAAUAAUUGAAAUGCAGAGUAAAUUGGACUCAGAAUUGAGUGCUCUUGAAAAACAAAAAGAUGAAAAAAUCACCCAACAAGAAGAGAAAUAUGAAGCUAUUAUCCAGAACCUUGAGAAAGACAAAGAGAAAUUGGUCAUGAGCCAGGAACAAGACAGACAACAGUUAAUUCAGAAGCUUAAUUGUGAAAAAGAUGAAGCGAUUCAGACUGCCCUAAAAGAAUUUAAGUUGGAGAGAGAAGUUGUUGAGAAAGAGUUGUUAGAAAAGGUUAAACAUCUUGAGAAUCAAAUAGCAAAAAGAAUCAUCAGGAAACCAGGCCUACCAAUUGUUUCUCCUCAGUAGUGAAUGCCAUUGUUAUAGAUGGAAAAAAAGGAGGCAAUGUACAGGAACCUGAAGCUUUUGUACCUUCCUUGUGCCUUCAAGACUUAUUUGGUCUGGAUUCUGUGUAUGUCACAUCUACCUGAUGAAGGAAUGCUGCUAUGUAAACCUAAAUUCAUGGCGUAAUGGUUAGACAGUACUUGCUUUAUGGUGGGCAGCUCAAGUCUCAUUCUAACUUAGGAGUUCUCAGCCAAGGUCUUUCAGUCCCUACAAUGACCCAGUAGCAAGCUGUAAGCUAUUUUGCAAAAGGAAGAUGGUUACCUACUCAAAUCCUAGGGGUCGUAAUUGUGAUUCUCCUAUAACUUGCCAAGGGCUCCGUACAACAUUCAUUUCUACUACUGACACCCUAAGCAUCUGCUGGAAAAUACAGCCCAAGUAUUAAAGCAUGUUGAUCUGAACCCAUAGCAAAAGAGUCUCUCUUCUCUGGGCCCUGCACAGACAGGCAACCUUUUAAGUUUGUUGAUAAAUGGCUCAGAGCAGCAUACCCAAAUGUGCUACGUGUUGCCUCCAAAAUUUAGAGAGGCUCACCUAGCAGCUGCUUAUCUCUUCAUUCUAGAGGAGACAUCUCUAAUGACAGGCCCCUGCAUUUUCAUGGGCUGUAUUAUCCACUCCCUAGCAUGUCUGCAUCUUGCCCAAGGAGUUUAGGUAGUUGCUACUUCUUCUUUACCUAGGUCUUACCAGUGUGCUGCCAUCAAUUGUGUUGGGUUAAUGUGAUGUCCUAAGGAAUACCAAGACCAACAUUCCUGCCAACUGGUUUUUUCCUUUCCCCUGAAGAAUUAUUUUAGGAGGUCAAAAUACCUCAGUCAUGUUAUUCCAAGAUUAUCAAAUAUAAACAGUGAAAUCAUUCAUGUGGGUCAAGUAUUUUGUCCAUGUCUACUUUGCUAAGAGAACUGUUCUACAUGGCCAGCCUCCAAUAUUUGAGGGCCGAUUUUUUAUAUUUUCCUGCCAACUAGAUUUUAACAGUACUGAAGAGUUGAUACAAUCCUAUAAGACAGUGAAAGUAUACUGCUGUCUGUGUAGGUAAAAGCAAACUGCUUCUUGUGAUGUAUAGCAAGGGUUGACAAACUGUGAGAUUUUGUGGGAAUCUGCUGCUUGUCUUUGUAAAUACAACCUUAUUGGAAUACAGCCGUGUCCAUUCAUCUACAUAUUGUCUGUGACUGCUUUUGGAUGGAGAUCAUCUGGAUCAUCUGGCUAAAUUUUUACUAUCUGUCCCUUUACGACAAGUUUGUCGACCCCUGUUCUAUACCAAUAGGAAUAGAAGGGGGGAAAAAAUCACCAAGUCUGUUGACUUGUCGGGUAGUAAAGGGCACAGGCCUCGUCAGUUAGAUCCAGCAAAGAGGUCAUAUUUGAAACAACAGUUGAAUUGAAGUCACCACUUGAUUAAAUUUUUCGUAAUCCAUUGCUCAGUCUCCAUCUGUCUUCUGGACAGGAUACAUUUACUUUGAAUAAGAAUGUGAUGGAAAUCUCCCUUACGUCCUGUGAAGUGAGAGAUAGUUUUAGGAAGUUUACUUGGCCUUUUCCACCAUAAUAGUACUCAUUGCAUGAGUAAGGGAACCAACGGGAUUCUGCCAGUUGCUUUUAUGUCUAUUCCACUACAGAUCCUGGAUCUAAGGAUAUACAGGUUGAGCAUCCCAGAUCCAAAAUGCUCCAAAACUUAAAACUUUUUGAGCACCAGCAUUAUGCACAAAGGAAAUGGUCAUUGGAACAUUUCAGAUUUCAGAUUUUCACAUUUUGGACACUCAUCUGGUAAGUAUAAUGCAAACAUCUCCAAAUACCAAACACUUCAGGUCCCAAACAUUUUGAAUAAGAGAUACUCAACCUGUGUCUGUCUACAAUGAGAGACGCACCGGGCCUAGACUUUCUCACCUGAGUACCAGUGUUUUCCUGGAGGACCAUGGAGCCAUUAGGAUCCUUGCAGACCAGUGUUCAGUAUUCCCCCAAAAGUUUGGAAAUGGCUGCAGAUCAUUUGGCAGUGGAGGUGAUUACUGGCUUAUGUGUCAUAAUUGGGUGAGGGAUAUGAUUCUGUUGAUUUAAGUUAGAUUUCUGGAUACUGGAUGUGAAGUUUUUUGUUUUUACAGCUUUAAUAAGCCUAUUGGCCCAUUCUAUUAGGGCUUAAGGACAACCUCUGCCAAAGAUUUUUGUGGGUCAAACCUCAUUAGUCGACUUGGCUCUGUGACCUGUAAUAGAGCCACAUCAUGUCUCUGGUAGUGAAGUGCCACUGAUUGUUCUCUACCACUCCAGAAUGCUGUCAUUUCCACUAAAUUCACUGAAUUUCAUUGGCUUCAUCUCCCUAUACUGUCCCUGUCCUGCAGAGCACCAUUACAGAGCCUUUGAAGCUGGAGAAAGCCUUGGUAAGGGGAGUAUUGUCUGGGCUUUCUCAGAGUACACAUAAUAAAUCCUUCCAGUAUACAUAUACUGCCUUUGGAUGCCUUAUAGACAAGGAGAUCAGUAAACUUGUUCUCUGAAGGGCCAGAUAGUAAAAAUGUUAGGAUUUGCAGGUCACAUGCAGUUUUAGUCUCAUAUUCUAUGUGUAUGUAUGUGUUACCAUCCUUUCAGUAUGUAAAAGCCAGGAGUAGUAGUUCUCUAAGUUUGCUCCCAGGACACUUUUAUGCUCUCAAAAAACUGAGGACUUUGAACUGUUUUGGGUGAUGUGAAUUAUAUCUUAAUAUUCCCUAUACUAAAAAUUAAAAUCAAGAAAUUUAAGAUAUUUGGUCAUUUUAAAAUAACCCCAUUACAUGUUAGCAUAAAUAAGACUUUUUUGUGAAAACUUUUCUAAAAUGAAAACUAGUGAGAAGAGUGGAACUGUUUUAUAUAUUUGCAGAUUUGUUUGGCUUAACAGAUUCUCAUACCUGCUCUCACAUUGACUCUGUUGCAAUGUUUUGAUUAAAGUAUAUGAAAAAAAUAUUCAGUCUUACACUGAUGUAACUGGAAAAAGAGAGAAAUAUUUAA